AUGGUGGUAUUGACCGCAUCGGAUUGCGAUCCAGUGGACGAUGAAACAUCCGUUUCCGCUUUGCUCUCGUCGUUCUAUGGCACAGAAGUACGAAACGAAGGCAAUGUGGGCUCUGAUCAAGCCGACACUAGUAAAGAAAACCAAGAUAUUACGGAUGAUGCUAUCCUCAGCGGUGCCAUAUUCGGCAAUGUGGAUUUCGACGUCGACAGCUGUCUGCCCACCGCGCUCAAGAAAUACUCCAUGAUGGAACUAAUAGGACUUUUGAGGAAAUUAGAGCGUGAAGUAAGGCAAUUUACAGCUGGGAAACAAGUUCUCGUCUACGAUAACUAUGAAUGUCUCUUCACAGCAUUAGACACAGUGCACGAAAUUAACGGCGAGCUGGCUGUCGUACAAAAACGGUUGCAGGCUCUAAAAUCAUCGCAAAUAAAAGCCUCAUCGAUAGGUAUAACAUCUAGAUACGGAUUGCGUGAGAAGUUGCAGGGAAUUACGGAACUCAAUCGUGUGAUAAACAUCUUCCAGGCGCUUGAGUGCAUCGCGACUUGUAUCAAACAAGCGACGAAGCUCGAAGCAACAGACUGCGAUCGUAAGGAACAGCUAUCGCUAGUUGCGGAACUUCUUUCCAAGGUGUACGUGAUAUUGACAGCUGUUCGCGAACGUACAUGCCCCGAGCCAAUUGACCUAAGGCUUAUCCGUACAUUCAGCAGUGCCAUAAGGAAGCUCGUUCCAAAUGUCGUGAAAGGAAUUUGUAUGCUUGUAAAAACUGAGUAUUUGUCACACGAUUUGCUCGUGGGUAUCUGUUGCAAUUUGGCCGUGUCACGCAUGAACGAAAAUCAGCUGUGGGAGCUCUACUGGCUGAACAAAUCGUUCUAUAUGCGAAAGGUCGUAAAUCAUCUGACUAUCAGUGCAGCAGAUUCUAAAGUAGAUUUACAUUCCCUUUCGGAAGAACUCGUAGGGGGUCUUAGCUACCUAAUAGAAGCUAUUGACUCGGGUGGUUAUUACAAGCUGGCCGAAACUAUCGCAGCAUGCUCCGACAGUCAGAUUAAUCAUUGUGUAUCCAAUGGCAACCUUCACGAAGUAGCUUGCCUUUUCUGUUGUGAAGGAGAAUGUGACAUAACUAUUAUAGAUAACAAAAACAAUUUUGAUAACGAAGAAAACAGUCACACUACCUUAGACGCUGCAGGGAGUCUCGUUUAUUUACGGUACUAUAUAUACUCUUACGCAAAAAAGGUUUGCAAGUGCAUAAAGGAAAAUCUAGCAGAGCAGCUCGUCGCGAUUUAUGUGCAGUUGGCCUUCGCUGCCUUCAAUCGUCGAAUCGUGGACGAACGCAGGAUUGUCACUUGUAAUGAACUUAUUUAUGUCUUAACUUGUUUAAUUGACAAAAUAAAGACGUAUUCAAAAGGUUGUGAAACAGUAAGGCUUUUGGUUGAUAUCAGCUUCGGAUGGGUGUUGUUGAGCGUUCUGCUCUAUAUGCAGAGACAGUUUUAUGCUAUUUACGAUGCUCUAGUAACCAUAAUACACAAAACGUCGGUAAAGAUAUUGGAUAGUGAUGCUUAUUCCGGUAUACAUAGCAUGGUAGACGAUUUGUUGAAGGAUGAAAUAAUCGAUCUUUUACGAUUUGUAGAGGAUCUAGGCAAUGUUAUGCAAAUAUCGUUGCGCCCACUGUUCACGUCGUUCCUUCGUUUCUAUGUAUUAUCUCUUCAAAACGUUUUCAACAUUUACUUUAGAAGUCUCACAUCGGCCUCCGAAGUACAUCAGAAAAAACAUGGAUGGUUGGGGUCUUUGCCAUCGCUUCUGAUGUUGCGCGUCAGCGCUGAGUCAGGCCGACAGCCCCUGUUGGGGGAGCAUAUCAAUGAAUCCAAAGGGCACAUACGCCAGAUAGAAUCAAAAGCAUCUUCUUUUGCCUCUGAAUCGGAUUACGAAAAGCAGGAUGCUGAUUCGCUGCGCAUUGAGUUGGCGUUUUCAGUUGAACAUUACCUCCGUUGGAUGCUCAGUAAAAAGGUCAAGGAAUUGUCGCCUGGAGCUAACAAUAUUACAAAUACGUUAACUCAGCUGUUGCAUUCAUUGGCUUCAUUCACUUCUGUUUUUGGUCGUAUUAAUAAACUUCUCGAGCGCCUAUGUGGAUCAGACACUGCUACUCUCAAAAGCAGUGACCUUGAGAUUACGCUGCCUUCACAUUCUAUCACAUCUGUGUCUAAAUUUAUUGCCAGCAACAUCGAUUUGUAUACAUCAGGAUUUACUAAUCAUGGAGGUAUAACUAACUACUUGGAAAGGCUUUUAAGUGAAAGAUGCAUCCACCUUACCGCCAUGACACAUCUAGCUCAUCGCUUUGGGGAUAAUGGUCCCACACCUAGGUUAGUACCCUUAGUGCAGACGGAUGCUGAACCUGUCGAGGAGGGUCACACCGGAGUCUACGCUGAGAAUCCUUUGUCUUUUGAUACCCCACAACUUACCCUACAGGUGCUCUCCCACGUGAUGGCUGGUUCUGUAACGGACGCCAACACGUUGAUAAGGUACGCCGUCGAGAGUUUAGAAGAUGGUUGCAAGGCCUCAGAGGACGCCAUUAACGACUUCCUUGGCUUGCUGUAUGAUAUGAUAGAACUGCUCAAUGCCACGGCGGAGCCUGCCGUUAGCGGUGAAACUACGUACACACAAGUGGCGGAGAUAAACCGAAAGAUGAAGUACAUGAUUACAAAAGGCGACCCAGGUAUACUCCAUGUCUUCAAAGAACUUUCUUUUGUCCCUUCUAAGGACAUAUGCCUUAAACUGUUUACCAUUCAUGUGGUUCAGACUAUUUCGAGGUCAGUCAAACUCCAUGUUGCGAACCCAGAGGUAAUCAAAUGGUUUUUAACAAGAAUUGAAAAGCAAUUUGUUAUGGCUUUCAAGAAAAACUCGGACGCUGAACAGGUGAAACAUUUAUUCAAACAAAUUUUAGCUUCUGAGUCAACAAUCCUGCGACAGUAG